AUGAUUACUGGUUAUUCUGUCGCGACCUUGGUGGUCUUCAUCAUAUCAAUUGGGUUCGUGAUAUACCCAGUCUCUAUACCCACUCCUCGACGAAUACCCCGUAUUCCAAUAAAUUUAACAACCGCCCCAAUCCUCGCAAUUGCAAUCCUCUGGGCAGCACAAUGUCUCGACCCAGCAGUCAUUCGCGGAGGCAUCGUUGGUACAGAUGGUGUUAAACCUUACAACAUCCUCAUCCUCUUUUUCUCCCUUGCCUACAUGGCUAUUACCCUCGAUAUCACCGGUAUCCUUCAGUCAGCAGCGUUUUGGGUUAGCAACAAGGGUGGUUCAAACGGCUGGAAACUCUACUCCUACUUCUACCUCAUGCUUACCCUCCUGUCAAUCUUGCUCGGAAACGACCCAGUCAUUCUCUCUGGAACCGCAUUUCUUAUUUACUACACAAAAGUCGCAGAGCUUAAUCAUAUCUCAUGGCUCAUGUCUGAGUUUGCCGCGGCAAACACAGCGAGCAUGGUCUUGUUUGUCGGGAACCCGACGAAUGUCGUGAUCUGUGAAGGUUUCAGCGUGAAUAAUGCCGCUUUCACAGCGUACACCAUCCUCCCAUUUAUUGCUUGCAGCAUUUUCUGCUUCUUGGCUCUUGGUGGUCAAUACCGCAAUAAAAAAUAUGUUCCUCGAAAGUUGAACCACGCCGCCGACCUUGACGCUCGCUCAGUCCUCCUCGAUCCGAUCGGCGCCUGUGUCGGUAGCUUCAUGCUUGGUUCAGCCCUCAUUCUGUGUUUGGUCGUCAGCUUCUUCGGAAUUGACGUGUGGAAGAUUAGCUUGCCUUUUGCUGUUGCCAAGUUUAUUUAUGAUGUUGCCUGGGAUCACUACCGCUUUGUCCGGAAGUUGCCUAUGCUCGGGCGCGGGCAGAAAGGGCCAGAGGAAAAUGGAAUACCGUCAGAGGACUUCAUGCUGCAAGAUGCCCAAAUAUUAUCAGGUGACAAGAGUAGGCAUCGUCAGUCCUCACCCCCAGUACCCACGACAGACGAGAUGGAUUUCAUCCCCGAUUCCGAUCGCGUUGUCGUCAACGAUUUCUCCUCACCUUCAUCCAAGAUCUUCGCAGCCCGGUGGCGCUCCAAAUGCAUCGCCCUGCACAAACAGCUGCACGCUCACUUCCCUACCUUCUUCACCGCGCUCCCUCGGCUCCCUUUCGCCCUUGUCCCAUUCGCCUUCUCGCAGUUUAUAUUGAUUGAAGCCCUGUCGCAUCAGGGUUGGAUAGACGUCUUUGGCACGUGGUUACUACGUGCAACUCACGGAGAUAUGUACCGCACCAUCUGGCUGAUCGGUGUUCUUGGAGUAAUCCUGUGCAACAUCUCUGGGACAAACAUUGGUGCAACGAUUCUGCUCACGAAGGUCGUGCGUGCGGCAUCUCCUAUGUUGUCCGAUCAAACCAUCCGCGCAGCUGCUAUUGCCCUUGCUGUAGCCAGUAAUAUCGGUGCCGUGUCGUUCACCUUCAGCGCAAGCCUCGCUGGGCUUCUAUGGAAAGGCAUCCUCAAGCAAAAGGGUAUCAUCGUAUCCCAGGCGACGUUUGCGUACUGGAAUGCGCUUCCGUUGGUGGUGAUGAUGAUCGUUGGGCUUUCAGUAGUCUGCGCAGAGAUGGCUGUUUUAUACUAG